AUGACGACAGGAACACCUAUCCAUGUGUUUGUGCCAAACACAGAUCAGAGAGGACUUGAUUACAGUGAAAUGUCGGUUGCCUAUAGACCAUCGCAUGCUGAUGCAACUUAUGACAUGAAGUAUGGUGUCAGAUCUGUGCAGGGUGGAGGGAGGUCUUCAGCUAGAGAGACCAUUGGAAGAGUUGCUCCUGGAGCUUUGGCCAAGAAAAUUUUGAAGCAAUUCGCAGGAACUGAGAUUCUUGCCUAUGUCUCCCAAGUCCACCAAGUUGUACUUCCAGAAGAUUUGGUAGACCACGAGAAUUUGACACUGGAANUAGUUCACUUUAUUACUAAGGAUUUUGAUAUUGGUUUCGGGUUCGUUGCAGCUGUGCCAAUGGUGGAAGCAAUGGUGGCUUUAGUUCUUGUGGAUCAGUUGAUGGCACAAUACGCACAAUGCCAUUUGUUUCCAAUAAACCCAGAGUUACAGGAACCUCUCCACACAGAGCAGCCGCAGAAUGCUGCUGCUUUGUAA